CGUCGAGAAUCGGCAAAAACCCUCAAAAAAGCUCGGAGAAAUGCCGAAAUCCAAAAAGAGGGUUUCUUCCGGCGAGGAUGCGCCGGCGGAGGAGACGAGAGGGCGGAGGGAUGAAGGAAGUUCUUUGGAUUACGAGAAGGUGAGGUUGAAGAGGAUUGAGGAGAACAAGAAUAGAAUGGAGGCGUUAGGGCUGCGUAGAAUGGCGAGCUCUUUAAUAACGUCAGUUCGAGAAUCUCCGAGGAUGGGGAAUGGUCGAAAGGGGAAGAAGAAAAUUGUGGACGAAGAUGAAGAUGAAGAGUAUGAUCCUGAACAAGAAGAUGAUGGGAAGAGCUCCUCGGCGGGAGAGGAUGGAGAUGAUGAGGAAUUUUCACCGUCUCGGAAGAAGAAGAGGAAGAAAAAGGUGAAGAGCAAUACAUCGACCCAUCAGAAACGGGGACUCGUUGACAAGCCUGUGAAUGGCUCGGAUUUUGUGGAGGAUGAUGAUGAAGACCUGAUGAAGGCGAUUGCUCUAUCACUACAAGAUUCUGCAGGUGUUUUAGAUGUUAAGGAUUCUCAGGACAUCGCCACUGCCAAAAUCCCUGAUGGCAACAAAACAACCAAAAACAGAACAAAAGAAAGUCUCGAUGACUCAGUGAAGAAGAAGAGGAGAAGACCGGUUACAACAAGUAGGGUGCAAAUGUCGGAAGAUGAAGUUCUUGUACACUUCUUUCAGUUUGAUGAAACUGGAAUUGGGAAUUUCACUGUGAGAGAUCUCCGGAGGCUGGUUGGAGCCCACGAUUUUACAUGGUCUGAAAAGGAAAUGUCAGAUAUGAUAACUUGCUUCGACAGUGAUGGCGAUGGUAGGAUAAACCUGGAUGACUUUCGGAAGAUUGUUUCGCGAUGCAACAUGCUGAAAGGCAACGAUGAUUGAGUAUUGAUUGAUGCCUAUACUAUAACGGAAUGCAACUGCAACUGCUGUUGUUAUAGAGUAUAUUUGAGUGUUAGAGCUAUAAAUAACCAAGAAUUACUCUCUACUAAAGGAUAGUUGAGUUGAGUCGAGUGUGUAUGUAUGUAUUUUGUAUAUUUGAAGAAUAACACAAACGAUGACUAAUACAUAUUAGUAAAGUGUGAACAUCUUUUGGUGCUUGCACUGUUUAUUAAAAGUUCAUAGUGAUUUAGUAGGCUUAUGAGC